AUAUUCACACAGCAAUGCAUCAACAACGCAGCGAUUAUCUAUCUCAGCAAGAAGGCAGUAUUAAUCUCGCGCUUCAAGCCUUUACCUCUGGUCAAUUUAGGACCAUACGACGCGCUGCAGCAGCCUUCAACGUACGACAUUAGCGGCUCUCUAAUCGGCUCCACGGAAUCACGUUUCGACCUCAAUCACGACCAAACUGCCUAAAGCUCACUGCAACCGAAGAGCACAUAAUUAUACAAUAUAUCCUUAACCUAAACUCGCGAGGAUUUGCGCCCCGGUUAUAUAAGGUGGCAGAUAUAGCAGAUAAAGUACUGGCUGCGCGUAGUGGGACACCAGUGGGCAAGAACUGGACUUAACAGUUUAUAUCUUAUAUAAAGGAGCUUAAAAUAGCUUUUAAUCGGGCAAAGGACCGCCAGAGGAUACUCCAGGAAAACCCAGAGGUUAUCAACACGUGGUUUACUCUCGUGCAAGAGACUAUAGCUAAGUAUAGCGUCCACCUAGAUAAUAUCUACAACUUUGACAAGACUGGCUUUUAAAUAGGUAUAAUUAGCAUAAUAAAG